AUGGAUUCUUUCUGUUGGCUAAGUGCAUGGUUCUGGGGCUCUCCUACAAGUACGGACAAGGAAGAGACAUUCGAUCCAAAAAUUCAUCUCCAUUACUCGCCACCAGAAAAGAAAAUUACCAUGCAAGACUUGCUCUUAGAUCAAACUACAGACACCUCUUCCGUUGCAGGAACGACAGCAUUUCCACUGCUGUCACGCGAAGGCGUAAGAGCCUACAGAAGAGCCUUGUUCCAGCAAAACGUACUCGAUCAAUGUGCGAGCUCGCCUUUUCCAGGUACUUUGGUUCUCCGUGGUGCACAUAAGCAAUCGAAAUUCAUCAAAAAUUUCUGGACACACCCUGAGACCAUGAGGAUAGUUUCUGAGGCAAUGGGUGUGCCUUUGGAUGUGAUCAUGCCAACGGAGAUUGGACAUACCAACAUCCAAGUUGAGGGAGCUACCAUUUCAGAAAUGACAAAGAAGCUCAAGGUUGAGCCGGCGGUUGAGAAAGUGGAAUUGAGUCCAGAAGAACGGGCUUAUGAUCCGCUAAAGGAUGCUAGUGCUAUUAUCCCAUGGCAUUACGAUUCUUAUCCUUAUGUCUGUGUUCUAAUGCUAAGUGAAACCGAGGGUAUGAUUGGAGGAGAAACAUAUAUUAAAAAGGGUGAUGGGACAGCUCAGAAGGUUGAAGGGCCUCGGAUUGGUCAUGCAGUAAUGCUUCAAGGCAGCAAAGUUCAACACCUAGCUGCUCGAGCCAGAGGGGUUAAGGAACGCAUAUCUACCAUCACUUCAUACCGAUCAAGUGUGCCAACUGUCUACGACUCCAGCUAUAUGACAAACAUCAGGCCCUACGCCAAUCUAAACAUUCUCUACCCCGAAUGGACCCAGUACAGAUUGCGAAAAUUGAGAGACGAGAUCACCCAUUAUCUGGAGACAGUUGAGAAAGAACCAGAAUUGGCCUUAGACCGAGUAGUUCUAGAAAAACUUCUAACCGAGCAAACCGAGUACCUCCGAAGAACCUCACGGCAGAUGAUUACACCCGAGGAACACCAGCGGAUGUUGGUAGCGUACGGUAGUGCAGCGUACUAUGAUGCGCCCAGAAUAUGGAAAAUUGUUCAAUCUCUACCAGAAUUUGAAAAACUUGCAUCAGGUGCAGACAGCGAUCGAGUCUGGAUGCCCCAAAGUGUAUAUUGGACAGAUCUUCAAAGCUCGAUUGAGGCUAUUCGCUUAGAAAAGUCUCUUACAAGCACAAUGGGGAACUUAAUUUGGGAUAAAAAAAGACAGUACUAUAUGGGAGACGAACUUUUACGACAAGGAUUGAAUGAAGUGUUUUUGGAUUGGCUGGGUGCCUCUGGUCUAUGGGAUAUCUAUUGCAAAUUGAGUUGA